GUUAUAUGUCUUUUUAGGGGAAGCAAAUGUCCUGCCUAGUAUAGUUAGGUCUGUCUUACAGAGUGAUAUGCAAACAAUGCAGUCCACAAGGCACGAGAAUUCCUGUGCUUGUGGUUUUUGGUAAAUGACAUCAGUAAGAGGAACUUGUCCCAAAAACCAACAGACAGAACUAGGCAUGACCACAGAGUCUCACUCUCCAGAAGAGUGAGUGUGAAUGGAGUAACACGAGUGGACGAGUCAUGGACAGCCAAUGCAGCAGCAGUGUGGGUUCACGGGCCACGAUAGGGGGUGUGGGCAACAUUAACUCAACACCCAUUUCUGCCCGUAUCGAGUCUUAUGAAGGAGGAGAGAAGAAGUGCAUCUCUGAUGUCCGAAGAACCUUUUGCUUGUUUGUGACCUUUGACCUUUUGUUUGUCACCUUGCUGUGGAUCAUUGAGCUCAAUGUCAAUGGAGGUAUAGAAGAGCAGCUGAAAAAAGAAGUGUUGGAAUAUGAUUACCACAAAUCUUUUUUUGACAUAUUUCUUUUGGCUGUGUUCCGCUUUGCAGUCUUGAUUCUGGCGUAUGCAGUGUGUAAGCUGCGCCAUUGGUGGGCCAUUGCAUUAACUACAGCAAUCACCACUGGUUUCUUAAUAGUGAAAGUAGUUGUAUCAAAGCUUCUGUCACAGGGAGCGUUUGGGUAUUUGUUACCCAUUGUCUCCUUCAUUCUGGCAUGGAUAGAGACAUGGCUGCUGGACUUCAAAGUCCUGCCCCAGGAGGCCGGUGAUGAAAUCAGGUAUCUUUCAGUGCAGAAUGCGCUAGAUCGAGAGCCUCUUUUACACCCAGGACCUGUUACAGAUGGCCAGUUCUACUCUCCUCCUGAGUCCAUGGCAGACUCUGAUGAAGACCUUGAUGAUAAAUAUGAUCUUGAGAAGCCCAUCGUCUAGCAGGAGCUCAGAUUAAACACUGAUUUUCAGAGUACAACAGCCUCUUCCUCGAGCUCGGGCCGUGUGGAAGUGGGUUUUUGUACAUUGGUGACCAGAACUAGACAGUCACUCUGCCUUAAAUCCACCAUCGCCCAUGAUCAGCAGUUUGUUUCUUUAUUUGUCUCUGUAUGCCCACACAAGCUCUUAGUGCAAUCGAUUUUUUUGUGUGACUUAAUUUUUUUUUCACUGAACAAAAAACUAGAGUUUAUGCAGUACUUGAACUGAAAAAAAAUGAAGGAUUUUAAUGUGUAUUUUGAACUUAAUCAUAAAAUGUUAUCAGUGUUGAACACGACAUUUAUGACACUCUUCAAAUGCUUCAGUGUAGCAAAACAACUUCCGUCUCACGUUUACGCUAUGUGUAUUAACAUUGUCAUCACUGGAGUUGACCUAAAUGUGAAAAGCAGUAUAGUCUCAGGUCUGCACUGCCACUCAUCACUGUUUGCUUUUUUUAAAUGCUUUUUCUAUCAGUCUGUGAGUUUUUGGAAUGAACAGCGAGAUGAUCGAGGCUUGAUUUACUUGCAAAAUAAAGGACUUGCCUAGUUUUGCAUGAAACGCACUUGAAUGAAGAAAUAUAAGACUUGUAAUGAUGCAUGGAUAUGUAAUAUGUUUUUAUGUUUGUUCAGUAAGCAUUCUUUAACCAUCUUAAGUAAGUAAAAGAAAUCUACUUCCUGUUGA